GACUGAACCGCAAAUCGUCCAUUGAGCGACGGUCAGCGCAGCGACGUAGAGGUCGAAUAUGCUGGAAGACUCGAGUUUUUUUUAAAGGCCGUUUAUCGAAUAUUCGCAUUAUCCUUCGAUUUAACCAAGGUAAACAAACGGAUACCAUGGACUUGCUGAUUGUGAUCAUUUGCUCGCUCGUGUUCCUAACGGGAUCCAAGCAAGAUAAACCGAAAUCCGAUAGCGAAAGGAUAUAUUUUCCGCCCGAAUUUAAGCAGCGAAUGCACGGGAAUAUCCACCACACCUACGAGUUUCACAAGAACCAUCCGUUCCCGCCCGGCUUUCAGCACGAUCCCGAAUUCCACAGGACCCAUUUCGGGAAAAGCCUCGACGAUAAGAACAUCCCUCGGAUCGAUCAUAACCACACAGCCAAAGAGAUACCGCUCGAUAUAUGGAGAAAGUACGAAGAAACUGAUUUAGACGAGUUCCUGGCGAAUUAUGUUGAAGGAUUCGAGGAGGAACGCAAAAUUCCCCUGUUUGCAAAUAGAUUCGGCGAUGACGGACAAGAAAGAAACGGGGGCGCCAUACCGGCGAAAGCGACUUGUAUACCGGAGUCCGUUACAGUCCCGUUGACCUCCACAGACGAUCCCACGGUAAUGUACUUACCGAAAUGCACCAGAAUAGAAAGAUGCGGCGGCUGUUGCAACCACAAAUUGAUGUCCUGCCAGCCCAACAACACCGAAACAGUAUCGCUACAAGUCAUCAAAACCCAAUACACCGGCGGCAAGCGCUUGAAAUUCCUAGGAAAGCAAAUCAUCCCUGUUGAAAGGCACCUCGAAUGCAAAUGCGCCUGCCGGGUCAAAGCGAAGGAUUGCCUGCCGCACCAGCAUUACAACGCCGUCAGGUGCGCCUGCGAGUGCUCCAACAGGGACGAGGAGGGCAAGUGUUACAGGGACUCCGAUAUCAAGUACUGGGACCACAAGCACUGCGCCUGCCGGUGCAACUUCGUCAUGGAAUGCACCAGCGGGUCCUUCUACGAUCACAACGAGUGCCGGUGUAAGAGACCGCCGGCGAGACGGAACGCUAACGCUAGAAUCGACAAUAAAGAAGCUGAAGAGGUAGCACCGGUAGGUCCUUAUGAUGUUAAAUAGAUAUUGUGAUAACUGUUCGAAUGACGAUUCGAAAACUGACGAAAGAAGUUUGUUCUAACCAAAACGGUUGGAAUGAAUUUGCAAUUUAGUGAGAUGAGACGUGUAUGUUUGUAUGUAAUUCGAUAUUUUUAGACUUAUUGUUUUAUUAAUGUGAUUUGCAAGUAUUUAUUUGUAUAAAGUAUUCUUUUUAAGGACCACACGAUUUUAAACAAGGUACAAUCAUAAUUAUACAAUGAAAACUGUACUUAAUCCUAUAUUGUUGUUCUUUCUUUAAUUCACUUAAUAUCCUACUGCACUCGCCACGUAAAGAUAAACGAUCACAAUCAAAUUGUAUUGGAACAAACCUACAAUAAUUACCGAGAAACACAUUGAAAUCGCGUUACAUCUAAACCAACGAAUGAACAAUUCGAUUAAAUAAAUUGCUUAUUGUUCUUAUUAAUUAUACUCCCCUUCCUCGUAAUCGUCGUCGAAUCGUCUCGAACCGUUCGUAUCGUGCGGAUCGUACUUGUGAUCUUCUUCAUCUUCGUAUUUCACCUUUCCAGCAUCGUAAGUCGUCGGUUGGUAGUUGGAAUAAUCGUAAU